AUGUUAUCAUCGCAAGUUCAACAUACUACCAAUGUUGCUAUAGUGAUAUCAAUAGUAUUUUUAAGAAAUCCAUUUGUGUUUUAUAGACCUCAUUGUACCGGUGAUUUUGGUAUGCCAGCACUUAAUGCUACAUUAGAUACUCUUGGACAAUUGGAAUCGGGUAAAAGUGAUAGUUCAUCAUAUAGCACGACAGAUAGUUUAAAUUUUACGGGAAAAUAUCGAUUCGGUGAAGAUUUAUUGGUCGAUCUUGGAUAUUAUGAUUACUUGGAUUUUUUGAAUAAUAAACAACAAGUACAAGAACUUGCUAUCAGAGAAUUAUUCCAACUAAACCUGAAAAAAAUCACAGAGAAUCUCGCUAACAAUACCAAUAGCUACAGUAAUGAUACUUCCUCUCCCUCAUCGCCGUUGUCUCGAUAUCUAUUACAACCAAAAACUUUCUUUGGUUGUGAUAUUGGUACUCAAGGUGUCAUCAUCAGCAACAUUACUAUGGCUGGAUUAUUAGUUUCCGCCCAUGUGGUCGGUCCCAAAAAUGUCUCAAAUGCAUUGUUAACUGGCGAAGUUGUUUGUGAUGAAAAUAAAAUUAGUAUGGCCAGAUAUUUGUCUGAUUUUAUGGAUUGUGAUUUCAAAUCAGAACACAUCGAUGAAUCUAUUAUUUCAUUUCAAAAUUAUAUUAAUAACACUUUUGUUAAUAGUCUUGUUAAAAGAUUACUAUUCUUGUGA